AUGUCGUCAGUAACUAAUCUCUUUAUUGAUAAAUCAAAAGCACCAACAAAAGAUCAAGGUAUAAUAGACAUAGGGAAAAACUGUUCCUAUUGUAACCAACUAGAUUUCCUUCCCUUUGUAUGUGAAUUCUGUAAAGAAACUUUCUGUUCUCAACAUAGAAAAAUAGAUCAACAUGACUGCAUAAACAAACAUAAAUUCGAUCAACCACCCUCAAGUUCAAGAUCUGCCAGUCCAUAUCCUCCAGUUUCAUCCAAAACCUUAUUUCCUGAUCGUGAGGCGGAUAAGAAGAAGAUUGAUGAGAAGUUGGCCAAAAGUCAGAUAAGGCCCACUAAUAUUGUGGAAAAGCUGUUUAGAGUAGGUGAUGUAGCUGGUAAUAAUGCAUUUAAGAAGUUUCAAAAGUUUUUAUCAUUGCAUAAAUCAAAAGAUAAAUCAGGUAGAACGAUAUCUAAGUUAUUCGGUAAAAGCAGUUCUAGUAGCUCUAGCAAUACAGCUACGGCGAUUGCAAAGAGUAAAUAUGCUGAUUUGGCAUUACUUAAGAAACUGGCAAGGGGUGAUAGUAAGAUUGGAGUUGCUGAUAAGUUAUAUAUUUGGUGUCUAUAUAUUAAGAAUCCCGAAGAUAAGUCUAUAAAUAUUGAAAAGGAUCGUAAACCAUUGUACAUAUCCAAGAAUUGGGUAGUUGGAAGAUCUUUAGAUUCAAUUGCUGAUAAUUUACAUAUUCAAAAUAUAAAUAAUUCAACAUCUGAAGCUAACGAGAAAUUGAAUAUUUUUAAAUUGGAUGAUAAAGAUGAACCUAAACUUAUACCAACUUCAAUUAAAUCUUCCGCUGCAUUUGCUAAUGGAGAUACAUUAUAUUUAGUUAGAGGUACCAUUUAG